AUGUUACGGCGUCAAUUCUCCCACGAAUCCGGUAAAGCCGAGCUCUUCAAAGCGAAGGAGGCAUAUUUUGAUCGAAGACGGACGAGGUCCCUGAACGCACCCUCGCCUAUACAGCAGUUUGGACCAUGUGGCAGGAUAAUGAAAAACUCGGCGAUGGUUAUGCAAAUCCAAGAUCCCGCGUCGCAGCGGCUAACAUGGUACAAACCCCCGCUCACCGUGCUAGUCAUCAAGAAGGUACACGAUGCCACUAUCCUGGUACCAUUCGUGCAACUCGUGCAUUGGCUGGUUCACGACAAGAGCAUGGUGGUGUUCGUCGAAGCUGCGGUGCUAGAUGAUACAUUGCUCGCAGAGUAUGGCGAUUUUACGUCAGUCAAAGAUCGUCUGAUGACUUUCAGAGCGGGUCAAGACGACCUGACUGACAAGAUCGAUUUCAUUAUAUGUCUAGGAGGAGACGGCACAUUGUUACAUGCUAGCUCAUUAUUCCAGCAAUCGGUACCUCCAGUAAUGGCAUUUCACUUAGGCUCUUUGGGCUUCCUAACGCCGUUCGAGUUCAACAACUUCCAGGACCAAGUCAUGAAUGUGUUAGAAGGACACGCAGCCUUGACGUUACGAUCCCGUCUCCAGUGCGUAGUAUUACGAAAGAGUCGCGACGACAAAGACGGCAAGGAUAAGAAGAAACCCACUACCAUAUUGGUGCUAAACGAGGUGGUGGUAGAUCGAGGACCCUCACCUUACCUGUCUAACAUCGAUCUGUUCCUGGAUGGGAAGCAUAUUACUUCGGUGCAGGGCGACGGAUUGAUAGUAUCAACGCCGACCGGUAGCACAGCAUACGCAGUAGCAGCUGGUGCCAGCAUGAUCCAUCCGUCCGUGCCAGCCAUCAUGGUCACUCCUAUAUGUCCCCAUUCACUGUCGUUCAGACCUAUUGUAGUUCCAGCUGGAGUGGAACUAAAGAUCGCACUGUCACCGGACGCGCGUAACGCCAUGUGGGUAUCGUUCGACGGACGGAACCGACAAGCGUUGCACCACGGAGAUAGGUACUUAGUGUACUUACUGCCUCCACUCCUGGGGAACACUAGCGCUGUGCACGCUCACUCUAAUAGCUUUGUACAUUGCAUUCAUUACUGUUUAAUAAUGCCCACGCUAGAAGCGCGUUGCGUGGCCAGCGUUUCUUUCGACGGACGCUCGCAGUUGACUCUCAGGCCUGGCGAUAGCCUAUACGUCACAACCUCUGUGUACCCAGUACCAUCGAUAUGUGCGCUGGAUCAAAUUUCAGACUGGUUUGAUUCCCUCGCAGAAUGCCUGCACUGGAACGUUCGUAAGAAGCAAAAGCAAAUUGACGAAUUAAGCGACCUCACUCACUCCUCAAGCGAAACUCUAGAGGAGCUGGACCAAAAUCACCACGAUGAGAGACCAGUAGACACAUGA